AUGGCAGCAACAACAUCUACUGCAACAACUCAGUUGAUAAAUCUCACGCGCUCUCCACGCUCCACCUUUCACCACUUCUCACCAAACAAUGUUCAGAUUCUUCACCAUCAACCCUUCACUCCUACACUCAACCUCAAUCAUCGUUCAAAUCUCACAACCAUCAAUUGCAAUAGCAAGCUGAAUAACUCAAGCGGAGGAGGAGAACCAUAUGAGAUGGAUGGUGUUUUUGGGAGAUACGAUGGAAUUGAAGAUGAUAGUGAUGAGGAUGAUGCAGAGAGUAGUGUUGAUUUGUUGAUAAAAUUCUUGCAGAGUAUGUUUAAGAAGAUGUCUAAAAAGGCUAAAAAGGCUUCUCGUUCUGUUUUGCCAUCAGUCUUUUCUCCUCAGCUUGUUUCUUUUGCUGUUGAUGGGACUCUGCUACUUGCUUCACUUUCUGUUGUCAAAGCACUUCUUGAGGUUAUCUGCAACAUUGGUGGCACAGUAUUUGCUGCAAUUCUGAUCCUGCGAGUGAUAUUGGCAGCAGUUUCACACUUCCAGUCCAGUGGGAAUAGUUUCAAUCAAGGGGGGAAUUCAUUUGGUGCUAUAGCCUAA